AAUCAUACAGCAAAAAGCGCAUUAAAAACAUUGCCGAAAUAUAAAACCAAUAAAAAAUGAAUAGAUUUCUUUGUGAAAUAUCUGCUGUUUUAAGGAACUUUGAGUCGAUUUUGUUUGGUCGCUAUCCUUUUCCUCCGGGAAGUUUAGGAUUAAUCGUCCAUUCACCAUCUGAAACAACUACAACACCUCAGCCUUUCUCGAUUAAAGAUUUCAUUGGCGAUGGUUUCUUAUGGGCAGUGCCCAAACAUCGACGUAGUAUUGAAGUUCGUAUGAAACGGAAAUACGGUUCUCCCCAAUAUAAGAUGAAAACUCUCUACGAGAACAAAAAGCUACAAAUAUGUGAUACUUGUGGAAAUUAUUAUGAAUCAGGUAUCCUGUGUGGAUUUUGUUAUGAUAAAGUUCGCAAAGAAACAACAUUAAUUAAAGAAAAAAUCAUGAAAAAGUUACAUUUGAAACCGAUCGAUUCAGAUGUUGUUGUUCUUUAUGAAGGUGAGAAAGGAGAACAUGCUGAUGAAUUUUGGGAAGGCAAGCGAAUUGUUGAGAUGGAGAAACCUCGUCCUCAAUGGUUUAGCAAAAAUUUACUACAGAAAACGACUCAACCAAAUGCAACAACAAAAGAAGUAAAACCAGAGGAAUUAGGUUAAAUAAAUGGAUUUAUUAAUAUUAUAGUUCAUGUGAAGCAUCCAAUUGAAGAAGCUUCUAUUAACUUUUAGUGAUUUAUAACAUUUUUCUUAAUUAAAUAUAUCAAAUGUAAACAAACCAAGUUAACAUAUGGUUAAAUCGUCAUUUUGAUUCUUUUUUUAUUAUUUUUUGAAACUUGAAGAAUCUUUAAAAAUUUCCAACGCUGUGGGAAACAAUCUCGAAGUUAUGAUCAAACUGCUCAAGAUCAUUUUCAUCACGAAAAUGUGACUCAACAUGCU